GGAUAACCAACCCAACCGGAUAAAGGGUGGGGGGUCGGCCAAACAAACACUUAAAUAAACUAAAAAGAAACAACGAUAAACUGCGUGUGAGAAGAUGGCGCGUGCAUUAUUAUAUUUACAAUAAGAAAUUUGCAGCAAAAAAGCCUAAUCACAAUAAUUGCACAAAAUACAAAACGCUCAAAAACUGUCUGCAGAGCGACACAGAGAACGAAUAGAAACAAUAGCGAGUGUGAACGAGAGGAGGAGGAGGGAAAGAGCAAAAGCAGAGAGCCGCAGCUAACCAAUUCUUGAUUCUAAAGCACUAAACAAAGCCAAAAACGCAGUGCAAGAGCAACGAGUGCAACAACAAUAACAAAUGAGAAUCAACAGCAACAACAACAACAACAAGAAAGGUUCUCAAACGUCUCCGCUCUCUUUCUCGCCGCCGCCACCACCGCUGUCGUCGUAGUUGUCGUCGUCUGUGAUUUAAAAACGCGGGGGUGUUUGGCGGAGGGGAGCAGCGCGUGCUCAACAACAAAAAGCAAACAGAACAAAAAAAAAAACUGCCAUCGAACAGAUUUCCGCAUUUUGAAAAUAUCAAACGGGGAGCAACAAAAUCUAGCAACAAAUAAAACAGAACACGUUUUAACUGUGGCCCGGCCAGUGGAUAGCGGAUAACGGAUAGUUGGAUAGCCGGAUAGCGGAUAGCCGAACAGCAGUGUCCAAGGACAAGAAGAGAAAGAAGCAGUAGGAGAAGGAGGCGUGUGUGUUGGAGCAGGAGGGUGUAUGUAAAAACAAACACACUCGCACACAUACACACAAACACAAUGGAUGUGCUGGAACUGCUUCGUGCGAGCGCCAACAGCGGUUACAACACAUUAUUCUCAGAUGCUUGGUGUCAAUAUGUUUCCAAGCAAAUCGCAAGCACGAUGUAUUGGUAUGGUGCACUGCUUGUGAUUGGCGUGCUCUUUCUUGCCUGGUUCCUCUACUUCAAACGUCUGGCUCGUCUGCGUUUGCGCGAUGAGAUCGCGCGUUCCCUGAGUGCCGUUACGUCCGCCUCGGGCGGCGAUCAUCGGGGCCUGCGCUUUCGCAAGCGCGACAAAAUGCUCUUCUAUGGCCGGCGCAUGCUGCGCAAAAUGAAGAACGUGAGCGGACAAAUGUACAGCAGCGGCAAAGGCUAUAAGCGACGUGCCGUUAUGCGUUUCGCCCGUCGCAUCCUUCAGCUGCAACGUGAGAAUCGUCCGCUCGAAAUGAAGACCGUCGAACCGCCAGCCGAAUAUCUGGAGGAGACGAUCGAGGGCAGCGAACGUGUGCCGCCCGAUGCCCUGUAUAUGCUGCAGAGCAUCCGCAUCUUCGGGCACUUUGAGAAGCCGAUUUUCCUCAAGCUGUGCAAGCACACACAACUGCUUCAACUGAUGGCCGGCGAUUAUCUGUUCAAGAUCACCGAUCCCGAUGACAGUGUGUACAUCGUGCAGUCGGGUCUGAUCAAUGUGUACAUCUGCAACGCCGAUGGCAGCACGCUCUCGCUGAAGACGGUGCGCAAGGGAGAGUCGGUGACGUCGCUGCUCAGCUUCAUCGAUGUGCUGUCCGGGAACUCGAGCUACUACAAGACGGUCACGGCGAAGGCCAUCGAGAAAUCCGUAGUCAUACGGCUGCCCAUGCAGGCCUUUGAGGAGGUCUUUGAGGAGAAUCCGGACGUUAUGAUACGUGUGAUACAAGUGAUAAUGAUACGUCUACAGCGUGUGCUCUUCACCGCGCUGCGCAACUACCUCGGCCUCAAUGCGGAGCUCGUUCAGAAUCACAUGCGCAGCAAGGUUAGUGUUGUGCCUGGUUCAGUACCCGGCACCGUUUUGUCGCAAGCAUCGCAGGUCUCACGACCGUUGCCCGUGCGUCAGACGCCGUCGCCAUUGUCGCGGCAUUCGCGGGAGGAGCACACACUGUCCGAUCCGGAUCCCAAUCCAAACGCUUUAAACUUGGCCGAAGUGCAUGGCGAUGCGCCCUACAUUGAUCUGUACCAUCAUCAGCAGCAGCAGCAACAACAGCAGCAGCAGCAAUCGAGCUCCGCUUCUGUCAAUCAAAAUCAAAAUGCAGCACGUCGCGGCUCCACAACUUAUGCGCCCAGCGUGGAAUCGCCAAGUGGUAAUCUAAAUUCGGCCAUCACAUCAAUUGAUCAGCGGCUGGUGCAAUCGUCGGCUGUAGAGAGUUUGCGACGUGAGCUGGGACUUGGCGAGGAGGAUGCGCAUAUUAUUGAACCGUUUGUUGAGGUGCGCGAACUCGAACCGAAUGUCACACUCAUCACCGAGGGCAAUGCCGACGAUGUUUGCGUGUGGUUCGUCAUGACCGGCACCCUGGCGGUCUAUCAGAGCAAUGCGGAUGCCACCCGUGCCCUCAAGCAGGACAACACCAACGAUAUGCUCAUUCACUUUGUCCAUCCGGGAGAAAUUGUCGGAGGUCUGGCGAUGUUGACGGGGGAGGCGAGCGCUUAUACCAUCAAGGCGCGCAAUCACAGUCGCAUCGCUUUCAUACGACGUGCCGCCAUCUAUCAAAUCAUGCGACAACGUCCUCGCAUUGUGCUCGAUCUGGGUAAUGGUGUGGUGCGUCGACUGUCGCCGCUGGUGCGUCAAUGUGACUAUGCCUUGGACUGGAUAUUUCUAGAGUCUGGACGUGCCGUCUAUCGACAGGACGAGAGCAGCGAUAGCACGUAUAUUGUGCUUAGUGGACGUAUGCGUUCGGUGAUCACACAUCCGGGUGGUAAAAAGGAGAUUGUCGGCGAGUAUGGCAAAGGUGAUCUGGUGGGCAUUGUUGAGAUGAUCACUGAAACCUCACGCACCACCACCGUGAUGGCGGUGCGUGAUUCAGAGUUGGCCAAGCUGCCCGAGGGUCUAUUCAAUGCGAUCAAAUUACGCUACCCGAUUGUGGUCACACGUCUCAUCAGUUUCCUCAGCCAUCGUUUUCUCGGCUCGAUGCAAACGCGCGGCAGCAAUUCAUCCGGUGCGCCGGUCGAAGCGAAUCCCGUAACGCACAAAUACUCGACAGUGGCGCUCGUUCCGAUCACUGACGAUGUUCCGCUGACCCCAUUCACCUACGAGCUCUAUCACUCGCUCUGUGCCAUAGGUCCCGUGCUGCGCCUAACCUCGGAGGUGGUGCGCAAACAGCUGGGCGUCAAUAUCUUUGAGACGGCCAACGAGUAUCGUCUGACAUCGUGGCUGGCCCAGCAAGAGGAUCGCAACAUCAUAACGCUAUAUCAGUGUGACAGCUCGUUGAGUCCCUGGACACAGCGUUGUAUGCGACAAGCGGAUGUUGUGCUCAUUGUCGGACUGGGCGAGCGUUCCCACUUGGUGGGCAAAUUCGAGCGGGAAAUCGACAAGCUGGCGAUGCGCACACAGAAGGAGCUUGUGCUCCUCUAUCCGGAGACGACGAAUGCCAAGCCGGCGAACACGCUCAGCUGGCUGAAUGCUCGACCCUGGGUAACGAAGCAUCAUCAUGUGCUCUGCGUCAAACGCAUCUUUACGCGCAAAAGCCAAUACCGCAUUAAUGAUCUCUACAGUCGUGUGCUGCUCUCUGAGCCGAAUAUGCAUUCCGAUUUCUCGCGUCUCGCCCGCUGGCUGACUGGCAACUCGAUUGGCCUGGUGCUCGGUGGCGGGGGAGCGCGAGGUGCCGCCCACAUUGGCAUGCUGAAGGCGAUACAGGAGGCGGGCAUACCGAUUGAUAUGGUCGGUGGCGUGAGCAUUGGGGCGCUCAUGGGCGCCCUCUGGUGUUCAGAGCGCAACAUCACAACCGUUACGCAAAAGGCGCGCGAGUGGUCAAAAAAAAUGACAAAAUGGUUCCUCCAACUAUUGGACCUCACCUAUCCAAUUACAUCGAUGUUUUCGGGCCGUGAGUUCAACAAGACGAUACACGACACUUUCGGGGACGUAAGCAUCGAGGAUUUGUGGAUACCCUACUUUACUUUAACCACAGAUAUUACGGCCAGUUGCCAUCGCAUUCACACCAACGGUCAUCUGUGGCGUUAUUGUCGCGCUAGCAUGUCGAUUGCCGGCGUCUUUCCACCCUUCUGCGAUUAUCGGGACGGGCAUUUGCUGCUCGAUGGAUGCUACACGAACAAUGUGCCAGCUGAUGUGAUGCAUAAUCUGGGCGCUGCGCACAUUAUCGCCAUCGAUGUGGGCUCCCAGGACGAUACGGAUCUGACCAAUUAUGGCGACGAUCUCAGUGGCUGGUGGCUGCUCUAUAAGAAAUGGAAUCCCUUCACAUCGCCAGUCAAAGUGCCCGACCUGCCUGACAUACAGUCGCGUCUCGCUUACGUUUCCUGCGUGCGUCAACUCGAGGAGGUAAAGAACUCGGAUUAUUGCGAGUACAUUAGGCCGCCCAUCGACAAGUACAAGACUUUAGCCUUUGGCAGCUUCGAUGAGAUCCGCGAUGUGGGCUAUGUGUUUGGCAAGAACUACUUCGAUGGCAUGGCCAAAGCGGGUCGCUUGGGACGCUUCAAUCAGUGGUUCAACAAGGAGCCACCGAAGCGCGGCAAUCAUGCCUCGCUCAACGAAUAUACGUUCAUUGAUCUGGCGCAGAUUGUGUGCAAAUUGCCAGAGACGUAUGUACAACAGCCACUGGACAUAUUCAGCGAGGAUGAGGACUUUGAUGGCUACAUCUCGGAGCCAACCACACUGAACACGGAUCGUCGUCGGAUUCAAGUGCCGCGUGCGGGUAAUUCACUAUCGUUCUCAGAGACUGAAAUGGACUCGGAUGUGGAGAUCGAUCUGGAGUUGGAACGGAAGGUGGACAAGGCCACACAAUCGACGCCGCCAACGCCAACGAAACAAAAUGCACUGACGCCCUCAACUAGCCAUGGCAAUCUUUCACCCGUGCACUUGAACGUCCUUGUUCCGGGACUGAAGCCACUCGAUCUGGUGGAUCAAGUGGAUAAGCCGACAACGGUGGAAUCGUCCUUGGAUCAGGAUAGCACGAUGACGCUGCAAGCUGCCGCCGCCGUCAUGAGUGAGGCCACAACGCAAACAGCGCCACCUUCGAGCGAAGAUGAGGAGGCAACAACGGAUGUCAAGGAUGAGGACAAGAGCAACAAGGACAACGAGCAGUUAGAGAAGAAGGAUGGAAACAAACAGGAUAAGAAAGACAAAAAUGCGGAGUUGAAUGACAAAUAACGAUACCAAAAACUAGUUAUAAACUAAAGACGCUAUAUAAGUCUGUCUGAGAUAUUUUGCUUAGUUACGGAGCAAGGAGCCACCGAACUGAAGAAGGAACGCAGGGAAAAAUGCAAAGGAAAGAAGCAAUACAAAGGAAGCAAGGAUGGAAGAAAGGAAGAAAGGAUCGUCACCCGCCCAAAAAAAAUGAAAAUCUCCGAAAUUAUGUAAUCAUGACGACAACAAACAACAAAAAAAACAAAAACAAAACAAGAAAAGAAAAGAAAAGGAAAAAAGAAUUCGUUAUCGCUUAGCUUUAAGUGUACAUCAUUAUGAUAAUUAAUAAUAAUACUAAUUAGGCUUAGCUUUAGCUAAUCUCCCUCCCUCACCUCACCACACCUCAAAUUCCUUUAAUCCCCCGUCAUAAACAAA